AUGGUGCAGCAGAAGAAAAGUUCGGGCGAGUCGACGAACGGAAUUAGCAAGAGAGAAUAUCCUUCCAUGUCCUUUCAGAAGAAGGAUAUGUCGGAUACUAGAGUUAUGGGGGGGAACUCGGCUAAAGGCGAUGUUAAACAUAAUGGCUCGACGAUCAACUCGCAGGGCAACUUCCGAACCGACAGUGCUAUUUCCUCCUCUCGCCCGGGCCGUGAGCGACCCUUGCAGCCAUGGGUUGGGCCAAGCAACUCGGACGGGCUCGACUUGAGCUUGGAGAAAUCCAGUGGCGAUGCUCCCUGGGAUCAGUUUGCUGUUAACGAGCGCCAAUUUGGUAUCAAAACUACAUAUGACGAAAAUAUUUACACCACCGCCAUUGAUAAAAGCCACCCACAGUACAAGGAGAGGGUAGCUGCUGCGGAAAAGAAGGCCAGGGAGAUCGAGCGAAGCGCUGCCGCCACAGCUCAUGUGGCCGAAGAGAGAGUUAUGGAUCAUGCUGGAGGUGACGAUGUAGGUGGUAACGAAGAAGAGAAGUAUAGCGGUGUUAAGCGACAGGAUUUUCCUCCUUUGCCUAAUAGCCGAGAGAACAAGUAUACCCCCCCGGCAAGACGAGCACCAACCGCCGCGUCGACUGUGAAGGGCGCACCAGUCGACCCAGCCAUCAUAUCUUCGCAGCUGAAGGCACAAAAGAACCAGCCUGCUCUCCCGAAACAGGAUGAUAACAAGCUCCGCCCUAGCCCUAAGGCCGAAGUGCCUUCGGUGUCUCCUGCUGCUAAAGCCACAGAGCCUAAACCGGAUAGUAAGGUUGAGGCGCAACAAAAACCUACAGAAAGCAAACCAACAAGCCAGAACGCCACUCAACUACGACCGUCCGCUGCUACUAGCCGAACUAUCUCCCCUCAGUCGAAAGAUGGCCAGGGCGUCGCGCCUAGUGCGACUUCGACUGUCGAGCGGGACGUUCUCAAGGAGUUCAAAACAUUUGCUAACCUGCAGCGUAUAAAUGCUGAGAAGGUCCGAAGCAACAAGGCAAAAGCCGACAAGGAGGUGAAAUUAACCGAGCUAAAGAAAUUUGCCGACAAUUUCAAGCUACCGACUCCUGUCCCUAUGGAUUUAAUAUCGAUCAUUGCUAAGGAUCCGGCGAAGCAACGGGAGAUCCAAGAAAAGGCUAAGCGAGACGCGGCUGAAGUCGCUAAAAGAAAGGCUGAAGAAGCCGCCGCAAAAGAGAAGAAGGGAGCCACUCCAAAGGAGACCCAGGCCCCUGCAACUUCUCAAGCGCCUCCUGAUAGUAGAGCCGGCCGUCCAUCCGCAAACCCCCCAAGUGCAGCCCCAGCAGCAGCUCCGCGUCACGGAGGUAACCGCCAGAGCUUUAUUCCCCCAACAUACCCUUACCAAGGGAAUCGCUCGGGACCUCAGCACAUCCAACAAACUGGCCGCCAGGGCGGCUUGGCUGGACGCAUUCGAGAAGUGCAAAAAGCACAAGGCCAGGACGGCCGGCUGCCUCCGACUGGCCCCGCCAGUACGACCGAUCCUUCCUUCGGCCGUCGUAUCGGUGCUCAUAUAGGCCCGAAGUUGAAUCCGCACAGUCACGAGUUUCGACCUAAUGCGUUUGCGCCGGCUUUCAACCCGAACGGCGGACACCCCAGCGCAGGCUCAAGCCCCCGUUCGGCCAUUAAUCAUGCAACCGAUGCGCAGAUCAGCACCGCCAGUACUCAUACUACGCUGGUCGUUGUAACUAAGAAGAGAAAGGCGGUCGACCCCAAGAAGUGUGCUAUAUUGUCUUUUGUGAAGACAAUCCAGCCCCCGGAGAACAAGAACUGGAAUGAAAACGAUGGGCUUCGCCCCUCUUACGAUACUCAGCCAACCUGGCGCUCCGCGACUGACGAUGAGAAGCCGGAUUCGACAAUGCGCUUGACGUUUGAUGAAUAUUUUGAACGACAGCCGUUCAACACGCAGCCUACUCCGAACCCCCCGCAUCUCCUGCCGCAGAUGGCCCAUCACCAUCAACUGCCCCUACACAUGCAGAACCCCGCGCACUCCGCUGCACCACGACACUCGCCUCACGUCCCUCCGGUUCAAAUGCAUGGUAAUCAGCACGGUCCUGUCCCUCAUGCACCGUUCAAUGGAGCAGACGAUCAUAGAAUGAUGCACUCAAACUCGUCGCAGUCCUACUCAUCCCCAAGAAUGAGCCAGGUACCGCUCGUAUACCCACCCAACAUGAACUCGGCAGCCCAGAUACCCUAUAACCAACACAUGAUGCCCUCGUUUAUCGGUCCCGGAGCGCCACCGAUGAAUCAGUUCAACCGCAGCUUCUCCAAUUCGCCACAAUACGUCCCUCAGCAGCCAGGAGCGAUGGGUGCUCCGAUGAUGAUGCAGCCCCAGUUCGUGCCACAGCCAAUGGUCGCCGGUCCGCCACAGAUGCAACCUUACCCUGGUACCGGCCAUCUGCAGUUUAUGCCUCCCGGCGCAACACCGCCCCAACCAAUGCCUGGUGUCAAUGGCUAUCCCAGUCCAGGGCGGCCUGCAGCCCCUCUGAUGGUCCACCAGGGAUCACAGCAGGGACAGCCAAUCUAUAAUAUGAGUCCCAGUGUGCAGUAUCAACAGCCAGCAACAUUUGUGCCGCAGCAGCAAGGACAGAUGAAUUCUAUGCGAGGAUAUAGUAAUCCUGGCCCGCAACAAUUCGGUACAAGCCCGCAGCAAAUGCAUCAAUAUGGGCCCCCGCAUCGCAAUGGAAGUAACAACUUCAAGAACUAUCAAGGUCACAACCAACAUCAAGGUCCUCAAGGUGGCCACACGAUUCCGUCUGGGCCUCAGGGGCGAUCUUCCGAAGGCCCUGACGAAGCCAAGUGA